UUUUAUUGAUUGCCUUGUCAAUAAAUAUUAUAAAUAAAUUAUCUGUACAACAUAGUUCCAAUCAAAACUUUGUUUCCUUUUUUAUCUAAGUAAUAAAUAUUAUCUUUGGAUUAUUGGCAAUUUAUAUGGUAUAAAUCUCUAUAAAUUUUAAUCAAUUUCAAAAGUUAUACAAUGGUUUCUUAUGAUUGGAAUAUUGAGACAACCAUAACUUUAAUAUCACUUUAUAAAGAAAAUGAAUUUCUAUACGACAACUUGCAUCCUGAUUACAAAAAUCGAAACAAGCGGCUGGCGGCAUUAGUUAAAUUUGCAGAGAUAAUAACUGAAAAAACGGGCAAAGUCUGUGUUGUUGCGAAUAUAAGAAGAAAACUAAACAGUUUGCGAUCUCAGUAUAUGGCAGAGAAGAUGAAGGUUACAAAAUCAAAAAGUGAAGGAGAAGACUAUCAACCUGCAGCAUACUGGUAUCCUUUGCUCCAAUUCUUAAAUAAAUCAACAAAUGCAGAUUCUUCUAAAUCAAACUUGGAUGAUGAUUCAGGAUCCAGCUGCCAAGAUCAGAUGACUAUCAUGAAGGAAGACCCUCUCGCCAACUAUGAUGAUGAUUCUGGAACUAGCUCACAAAAUCAAACAAUGGAUACUGAAAUGCCUAGUGGAACAAAACUGAAGAAGAAAACAAAGUAUAUGCAAAGAAACCAUAUAUCAGAUGACAACAAACUAAUGCAAGGCAUGGGCACCAUAAGGGAUAUGUCUCAAAUAGCAAAGAAAAGACAAUUAACAAAUAGCAAUAUUAGUUCAUUUUGCCAUUUCAUUGAAUCAGAACUCAACGCCAUUUUGGAUGCUAGUGACAUAAUGUAUGUCAAAAGGGCCAAACGGGAAAUACAACAAGUAUUAUUUAACAUAUGGGACGAAGUUGACCAUGUGAAUCCAUCCUCUUUAUGGAUGAGCUAUUCGUCAUCCCCAGAAUCUGGGUUAGCACCUGCCGAUACAGUAUCUGGGGGUGUCUAAAAUAAGUUACAGAAUACAAAUACCCCUUAUUCCUAAACUCUAAAUUAUGUAAUAGUGAUUUAUAGUGGAUGAAAAUAGAACAGUAACCAGACCUGCGCUAUUAGUUUGCACUGAUGAGGUACCAUGAAAUUAAAAGGUAUGAAAAUUAGUCUAUCAUUCCUCAGAUAGCACCAAGGAGAUGGCAAACAAACUCACUUUCACAUCUGUAAAUGUUAGGGGUUUUAAUGAAGUCACUAGCUUAAUAAAUGUAUUGAUGGAUUUAAAUGUCAGCAAUCAUGUUUGAUAGUGUUAUUGUUGUUGUAUCACCCUUUAACUGUCUACUGCUGAACAUAGCCCCAUAAGGGGAGAUUUUGCCACACUUGGCAGGAGCGUAGGCGUCCUCAGUUUGACUUUUAGUGAUUUAUCUUAAAAAAUAUGAAUGGAUGCUGCUGCCUAUCCCUCCGCCACAAGUUCCCUUAGUAGCCUCUUAUGACACCCACGGAAAAGAAAGGGGUGGCCUAUUCUAUACCGACCUACACGACUAGAUACUUUAAGUGUAAUAACCCCCAUACGAGGGUAAGGUGAAAAGUUCUCAGUCUGACACAGAAAUGGCGUUUUAAUCGGCAAAAAUGUAUUUUUCUUGCCUAGGUGCAUGUGUCAUUAGUUCGUAUGACAAGUCUGAACUUGUUCUCUCAAAUAGUUUAUUUACACGAAUUUCCAAAUCAUCUUUCACCGGGACAACGCACCUCAUUCCCAUCGCCAACACACUCUUGUGUGUUGGCGAUGGGAAAACUGCAGGAUUUUGUUAUUCUCCUGAUUUGGUAUCCUCAAACUUCUGUCUAUUCCCAAACAUGAAGAAAUUUGUUUCUGGGAAGCAGUUCACGUCCAAUAAAGAAGUUAAGAGAGUCAUAAAUAAAUACUUUCACAACCUUCCAGACUGUCACUUCUGGAAAAAAAAAUACUGAUGUUAGAGAAACGCUGGAUCUAGUGUGUUGAAAUCAAGGGAGACCAUAUAGAAAAAUAAAAAUAUUUUUUUACUGAAAAUCGCAUUUUUUCAUUGUCAGGCCGAGAACUUUUCACUUUACCCUCGUAUAGCUACUUUUGGUAUGGAAAGAUUUUGUUUAUUUCUUUCGAGCUAAAUUUAUGAUAUAACAUAUAAUACAAAUAAUAUACUAAUAUCAAAAUAGGUUUAUUCCAUAUUGUUAUGAAAUACACAAAUCCCCAUUUAAAAUAUUUCGUUUUUGCGUCAAUCGAUAGAUGGCGCUGAUGUUGAACCAAAUUGUACGAUUGUACAAUAUAGACCUUUUUUAAGCUCAUCAGUACGACCUGGGAUUUAAAUUUUAGACCUUAUGCUCAUAAAACUAGCCAUCGGUCUAGUAUUUAACAUAAAUUUAUCUCGAACUAACCAAAUCUCUUAAUGGAAAAAUAAUCACGAAAACAAAUUUAAUAAUAGAUUUUUUCCAAAUAAAAGAUCACCAGCUUCAAUUAUCAAAACCAGUUGUUUUGUUUUUAAAACUAUUGUAUUGAUUUCGAUAAAAUUUCUAUACCACUAAUCUGAAAAUAUAUACUUUCUGAUAAAAAAGAAUGUUCCAAAUCUAUUUGUAAAUGGCGGAUUUCUGAAGCAAGAAGCAUAAAAAAAGGAAAUCAACUGAAUUGGGAAAUUUUUCGAAGUCUCACACAUGUCUCCGUAAUUGUUCACCUGUUUGUAAUGACAAUUUGUGAUUUUGUGUCUUUUGCUCCAACUUCAGAGAUAGUAUAAUUUUUAUCCCGAUAGAUGGCGGUAGAGGGCAAAAUGUUUGUUGGAUCAAUUAAUAUAUUAUAGGUACCUAUAUUAUUACAUUUAGUUUAAGAUAUA